CGUCAUCUUUGCGGGCCGAAGCUUAGCAGAUGGGGUUCUCUUUUUCUCCUUUCCCUCCUUCCAUCAUGUUGUAGCCUCAUCAUCUGCUUGGGGGCAAUAAUAAAUACCGUCUAAUGAAAGCUCGUGUAUGUUCUGGUGGGGGGGAUUUGCCAUCCGAAACCGAUCGGUUCCGUCUGCACGCUAUAGGUAAUGAACGACGAGACAGAACCGGAGAGCUGGAAGAGAAACUCCGGGAGCUCCAGUAUUGAGCAAAUGCUGGCUGUGAAUCCCGGAAAGACGCCCAUCAGUCUGCUGCAGGAGUAUGGAACGCGGAUAGGCAAAACCCCAGUGUACGACCUGCUGAAGGCCGAGGGACAGGCCCAUCAGCCCAACUUCACAUUCCGUGUCUCUGUUGGAGAGAUCAGCUGCACCGGCCAAGGGCCCAGCAAGAAAGCAGCCAAGCACAAAGCAGCCGAGGCUGCUCUGAAGAUGCUCAAGGGAGGCCUCGGAGGCCCAGUUGGAGUCGCUCUUGGAGAAGACGGUUUUACUGAAGUUGAUGUGUCUGUGGAUGGAGACAGCUCUCAGUCAGAGAUGAAGACUUCAAAUAGUUCCCAGCAGUCUGAAUGUAACCCUGUAGGAGCCCUGCAGGAGUUGGUGGUGCAGAAAGGAUGGCGUUUGCCAGAGUACACAGUCACUCAGGAGUCCGGCCCAGCUCAUCGCAAGGAGUUCACUAUGACCUGCAGAGUCGAGAGAUUUGUAGAAAUCGGAAGCGGCACAUCUAAGAAACUCGCCAAGAGAAAUGCUGCCGCCAAGAUGCUUUCACGGAUACACAACGUGCCGGUGGAUCUGAGGAGUAGCAAUGACGCAGAAACAGAGGAGGACACAUUUAAUAUUCACAUGGGAAGCAGGGUGGAGUCGGGUAAAAGUAAAGGCUACAGCUGCACGUGGGACUCCCUGCGCAACUCUGCUGGAGAGAAGAUCCUGCAGCUCCGCAGCCACCCUCUGGGCAUGCCUUCUGACUCCAACUUCUGCUCCCUGCUGAGCGACCUUUCUGCAGAGCAGCGCUUCGACAUCAGCUACCUUGAUCUAGAGGAGCGCAGCCUCAGCGGCCUCUGUCAGUGUUUGGUGGAGCUGUCCACGCAGCCAAUCACAGUGUGCCAUGGCUUCGCUCAGAACRUAGACGCUGCUCGAGCCAACGCGGCUCACAACGCACUGCAGUACCUGAAAAUCAUGGCAGGAGGGAAAUGACACGCCUUCUCCGUUUCCUAGCCACAGACUCGAACUCACCAGUACACARUAUGCCAUCAAACAUCUCCUCUUUGGACGAAGGAGGUAUUUUUGUGACAUAUUUAGAAAACAAAAACAAGAAAACCUCAGAUUUGACAAUGAGAGACUUUUUCUGCCCUGAAAUUUACACAUGGAGUCAUUUGUUUUUAUUUUUUACUGAUUAAUGGGUGCCACUAUUCAUAUUGCUGUCUAAAAUUUCUAAACAUAUUAUGUACAAUUUUGUCAUAAAUUGUUUUAAAAAAAAACUUUUCCCCCUUUUUUAAACUUCUGACUUCAUGUAGUCCAAUAUAUUUUCCUAAAUAUGACCAAUAAAUACAUAUAUCUCAGAAACUUUAAAAUGUUGCUGUAUCAGAGUAGGCAAUGUUUUGCAGCAAAAUAUAAAAAAAAAUUAGGUUAUUUGACUAGCUAGAUAUAGAGUUAACUAUUUAUUAGUCCCAGAAUGAAAUCCAUGUGAAUGAAUGUGUGAAAGAAACUCCCACUCUGUCGAGAAAUUGAAUUAUGUCAGCUGCUAUCCCUUAAAAAUGAGCUUCCCCGAGUCUUAAAAAAAAUAAGACUCAAGUGACUGUUUGUCGCUGUCAUUUUCUACAUGUUUAAGACUGAAAACUGUACAAAACUCUACACAUUUGGUGAACCUGUGUUAAAAGCCUUAAAACGUAGUCGCCACUGCAUUUUAAAAACUUUUUUUWAAAAUCCAACUUUGAUGUUAUUUUAAUCAGUGAGUGGGGAAAAAAAAUAUUUGGAAAAGAAAUAAGUUGCAGCAACAUCACUAUAAAUAUGAAAUAAUCUUUGUAUUGUUAUUUAUACAGAUAUUAAUAAUAAUGGAUUACUAAACAGUAGGGAUGCUCUGAUCAGGUUUUCUGCUGCUGAUUCCGAUAUCGAUCACCAAUGAGGCCGAUCUCUGCCGGUCACCUGGAUUGACUGUUAACUUUUUGCUUUAGGUAUAAAUGCUACUGUGUGAUCUGACAAAAUAAAAAAAAUGAUCUGGCAAUAAAUUCACCUAAUUUAGGCAUAAAACAUGCAAAAAUACUUGUAGGUACAAUACAGCAGUCAAAAGGACAACUGAAAAACCUGCAAUCAGUAAAAUAAUAUUUAAUAGUCUCAGUACCAUAAAUUAUACAUGAGUCAAAUAAAGCUGCCUAUAUCAAAUAAUGUCAAGUAAAAAAGGAAACAUUCACUCAAAGUCAAACGCAGGCUGCAUCAAAAUAAACAAUCCUUCCUGAUAGCAUGUCUAGCUGAUUAAUGCUGGUUCUGAUUGGUUGUUUCUGACCGAGCGGAGUAAUUCAGCAGAACACAGGAGGAGGCAGAGGAGAUCGAUUCUUUUUUCAGAGAUUAUCUGUCUUGUGUUAGGACAACGAAAGUUUUAAUACAUAUCUAAAAUCGUUUCUUUUUUUAAGUUACGUGCUGGAGCUUUAAGCAGAGGUAGAGGAGGAUGGUAAUGCAGGCGAAACAAAUCCCCAGUUUAAAGAUGAAUUUAAGGCUUUUUACACCUUCUUAUCAGUUGCAAAUCUGUUUUUCUUGACAAGUUUCAGAAGUAUGACCUUCACACAUGUCUAUUAAUAGUCUGUGAAUUAGAAGCUUUGUGUCCACAGCUGUUCUGAAGUACAUUAACUCCUGAAUUAAAGACUUAUUAUACAAUGACUCUCAACUGUGAACACAUCCUUGUUAAAAGACCAGGUUUUUAUGUAAAAAAGAAAAUAAACAAUCAUAAAUUAUUUUAGUUACAAUUCAAGUGAAACAUUAUUAGAGGAAAAUGUAAAUACCUAAGCGAAUACCCAUUUAAAGCACCUUUUGAUUCAGUGUUCCAACAAUUAUAAUAAUCCUUUAAUAAAGUUCUACAUCUCAGAAAGACAUUUUUGAAUUAGCUAUUACUAACUUUCAGCCAAUGCUACAGGUUCCAAAGGAUUAAACAAUCAUUGUUUGAAGGUAUCGGUCAGGAGUAGGUCUAAAAAAAAAAUCAAAGUUGUACAGGAAGGUUUUACAACAAUUUAUUAGGGUCUUGUUUUUACAGGUGAGUUUGUCAGGUGAGAGCUGCUGUAAUUGUAACAAAAUACAUCCACUCUUUCUCACAGACCCAGCACAUAAAGCUACCACAAAUUAUAACGUCACCUCUAAAACAUUGUGCAUGUAAUGACCAUCAUUGACUUGCGUUUUGUUUUGGUUUCUUGAACUUUGACUUGAUUUGURAUUAUCAGAAACUGUUGUGUCUCUGUGUAAAASCUUUCUCCACUACUAAGAAAUCCCUCCCUCUUCUACAGUAUGUAUUGACAAGUAGUUUUAGCUAUCUUCUGUUUCAUGUGUUUGCCUACAAAAUGCAUGUGAGACAUUUCUGUGGGUUGUAACCCUUCUCAGAAAAGGUUGAUAUGCAAACUGUUCUUUUGAUCAUUAAAGGAGGAAGUUAGGAGCUGGUUUUAUUCGACUUCAGUUGAAACUCACCAUCUCUCUUUGCUGGCACUUUUAUACAUUAUGAAAAUGAAAUGAAAUACAAUCUCUACUGGA